GGGUAAUCCAUCCUCCUAGACUUUAUAUUUCCAAUCUUUCCUGUUCUGUUUGGCCAUCAUUGCUUCUCCUUCUAUCUCUACUUUAUCGGCUAUCUAAAUUGGCCCGCCAUUCAUAAACGUACACCUUUCCAAGGACUAAUACCAGCUCUUGAAGUUCGAUUGAAAGCAAUCGUCCCCCUGAAUUUCCUAUUGCAAACAACAAUCGACUUUUCCUGAUCCCUUAGGCGACGAAGCCCCCAACAUCCCUUGGUCAGGGCCCCUUUCAGCGCUCCCCAAGGUUAGAAAUGUCUACAGCUACAGCUGAGAUGGCCCCUUCCGGCCACAAGCUCGAGAAGAAGCCCGUCAAGUUCAGCAAUCUAUUGCGUAGGUGUCGCCCAACAUUAUAGAGAACGGCAUGGUUCUAAUAGUCUUUGUGCAGUCGGUGCAGGAUUGAAUAUGUUCGAGGUCACCACUUUGGGACAGGUGCCCUUUUCCUAGUAUACCCAACAGAAUCUGGUGGUUGCUAAUGUAUAGUUCAGCCGCUGGAAGUGAUCAAGACGACCAUGGCCGCCAAUCGAGGCGACAGUUUCGCCAGCGCUAUGGGUCGGAUAUGGGGUCGUGGCGGGAUCCUCGGUUAUUAUCAAGGUCUCAUUCCGUGGGCCUGGAUUGAGGCCUCCACCAAAGGCGCCGUCCUCCUUUUCGUCGCGUCCGAGGCGGAAUUCCGUGCCAAGGUGCUCGGUGCGCCAGACUUCCUCGCUGGUAUCUCAGGAGGUAUGGCGGGUGGUGUUGCCCAGGCAUAUGCCACUAUGGGCUUCUGCACCUGUAUGAAGACGGUCGAGAUCACCAAGCACAAGAUGGCUGCUCAGGGUGUAAAGCCUGCAAGCACCUUCGCGACAUUCAUGGAUAUCUACCGCAAGGAGGGCAUCCGUGGUAUCAACCGUGGUGUGAAUGCAGUUGCUAUCCGUCAAACUACGAACUGGGGCUCCCGUUUCGGUCUUUCUCGUCUCGCAGAAUCAGCAAUUCGCAAGGUGACCAACAAGGAAGAAGGACAAAAACUGGGUGCCAUGGAGAAGGUCUUAGCCUCCGGCCUCGGUGGUGGCCUCUCUGCUUGGAACCAGCCUAUUGAAGUCAUUCGUGUGGAGAUGCAGAGUAAGAAGGACGACCCCAACCGGCCUAAGAACCUAACUGUUGGCAAAACCUUCAAGUACAUCUACGAGACCAACGGUCUUAAGGGUCUUUACCGUGGAGUUACUCCCCGUAUAGGACUAGGAAUCUGGCAAACAGUCUGCAUGGUGGCUCUCGGUGACAUGGCCAAGGAGGCAGUCGAAAAACUGACGGGCGAUCAAGUCACCGCUAAGCACUAGAGAAGGUUUGAGAUACCCUUCUACUAUGCACGGCCCGCGGAUGACUGGGCAGUUGAGUCUCGUAUUUAAAUACGGAUGGGCUGGAGUUACCGUCAAUCACGUGCGUUGGGGGGAGUCAUAUUUCCCGCCUAUAAUAGUACCUAUGGAUAGUAAUCGGUACUGAUAGUGGGAGUCUUGCCUUCCAAUGAUUAUUAAUAUAUAUUUUCACUUUUGCAACCACCAUAUAUAUAUCUCUAUACUCCGUAUAUAUUCUGUGUUUAUGAUGUUCUCCAGUUGAAGCCGAGGAUUACCAGUCAUGCAGUACUCACUUCGCCUAUCUAGGGAAAUCCCGAAGUUUCGCGUAAUAAAUACUCGGUGAUGAUAAUGUAAAGGGUGUUAUGAGCGCCUAAAUACAAGGUAACAUCAGCGACCAUGAUGGUGUGAUCCCUUUUUGUAAGCGAAUGUAUCCCAUUCGAUCUUUAAGCUAGUUAACUGGUCGCUCGCAGAAGAGUAGGGAACAAGCACCACUCGAUGUAUGAAAGUACUACCACUAUCUGAUGGGGAUGGAUAUCUCCAAUGGUUAGAUCGUGAUAUAUAGUACUGUUAGUAUUGCCUAUGAUGUCCGUCUUUAUCCUUCCAUAUCGUUACAAUAACG